CCCAGUUGAAGACAUGGCAGCGCUGAGGCAGGAGCAUCGGUAUGGGCUCUCCUGUGCAAAAAUCAACAAAAAAGCUCAUAAUAAAACUCUAUUUCACGUCAAGCUAACCGAUACCGCCAUUCGAACGCUUGAAGCCUAUCAAAAUCUUAAGGGAUCCUUACCAAAUCAGCCAUCAAUUUGCUUCAAGGGGAGCCAGGGGUACAUCAAGAUCCCUGCCCCGUCCCCAGAGGCCCCAGAUGCACUCCGGGUCUUCUCCUUCUACCUGUCCAGUGAUGGCAAGGACAAACCUCAGGCCAGCUUUGACUGCAUCCACCACCAUGUCUCAGGGGAGGGCAGGGAGCACCUGGAGGGCCAGGGCAGUAUUCAGGACAAGAUCACUGUAUGUGCCACUGAUGACUCAUACCAGAUGACCCGAGAGCGCAUGUCUCAGGUGGAGAAGGACAUCAUGAGCAGGUCGGCCAUCGAGAUCAAGCCGGGCUCCACACAUGGUAAAUGUGUGAAGAUCCAGAGGAAGCAGGGCCUGUCGUCAGGCAUGGACAGCGGCAGCAACAAGCACUCCCCCAGCAACAAAAGGAGCGGGGCCCCCAGCCCAGUGGCCCUUAGGCCCCUGAGAGACCGCAUCAUCCACGUCCUGGCCUUAAAGCCCUACAGGAAGCCUGAGCUGCUGUUGUGGCUGGAGAGGGAGAGGGCCAGUCCCAAGGACAAGACUGACCUGGGAACAGUACUGGAUGAGGUUGCUAAACUGAACCCCAAAGACCACAGCUUUACUCUGAAGGAUGAGUUCUACAGGCACGUCCAGAAGGAUUGGCCCGGUUACCUAGAGGAAGAGAAGCCUCUCAUCCAUAGGCUCCUGGCCAGGAAACUGCAGCCACUGAGCAGCAGUAGCCAGUUGAAGAGUUUCCAGUCAAACCAUUCAUUCCACAAAACCCCUGGGGAUUCUCCGUCACAACUCAGCCCGGUCAAGACUCCCUCUGUGAAACGCCCAGUGCCCUCAGACCUAUCUGAUUGUCAGACCCCCAAGAAGCAAAGACUAUUAGACCACAGUUUACCCCUGCAGUCCCCUUCCAAUGGACACCUUGGUCCCAUUGGAGUCCUUAGCUCAUCUGGUCCAGGCAACACCAGUGUACAGACCAAAACAGAGUUUGAGAGAACCAACAAUCACGUCCAGGGAAGCCCUAAUGGUCUCUACACACGGCAUAAACUGGGUGGCUCCUCCAGUAUUCCCAAGCUGGAGAGGACAGAGCCGGUCCUAGCAGUACCAAGCCCCAAGGCUCUACAGACUGAGUCCUCCAUCUGCACUGACCAGCUGCUAGCCAACGGCCAGCACAAAAAGAAGAAGUCCAAGAAGCACAAAGACAAGGACCGGGAGCGCUUAAAACAGGACUGGAUAGAGAACAGUCCCGACCUGAAACCGAACCAGGAAAAUGUCAAUGACCAUGAGGGGGCUAAAACACCUGUCACUCGUACCUCACCGGAGGAGCUGCCCGACUAUUUAAUAAAGUACAACACCAUCACAGCCUCAGAACAGCGACAACAGUACAAGCAGGAUUUCUGUGCAGAGUACGAUGAGUACAGGGCCCUGCACGACCGGAUCGGUACUAUCACUGAGAUGUUUGUUCAGCUGGGUUCCAAGAUAAACACACUGUCCCCCGGUACACAGGAAUACAAGCUCAUGGAGGAACAAAUACUGCAGAAAUAUAGAAAGUAUAAGAAAAAGUUCCCUGGUUACCGGGAAGAGAAGAAGCGAUGCGAGUAUCUGCAUCAGAAACUUUCCCACAUCAAAGGUCUGAUCCUGGACUAUGACCGUACCCAGGCCCCUUCAUAGUGACUGGCCUGCACCCUGCUGCCCCAGGGUGUUACUGUAUCAAUGGUCCAAAAGACUCCCCGUGGACCAAAUGACUGCCCAGCCAAGCCUGGGUCCUGGAGUGACCUGGAAUCACAUGAAUCACACAUUCACUUUACUCCUCCCAGUGUUGAUGGGAGAGGGGAGCGAUGUUGUCUUAUAUGAAGUGGGCCAAGACCAGCAACUCGUGAGCAAAUAAAACCCUUUAAUGUUUUCGUUGUUGAGGGCGAGUGUUGUAAUGACUGGAAUUUGUUGUGGCGCAUAAAUCAUAAGAUGACACAACUUAAGCCAAAUUCCUUUUUCUACCCAUAAUGCAAAAUGUACAUGAACUCUCCUGCCCAAAUGCUUUUAACGUUUGGUCUAUUGUCAUGACUACACACAAAGGCAUAUUGGUUUGAUGGUACAAUCAUAAGGACAGAUGACAACAAAUGCUCUUCAUACCCAGUCUUAUAUCAAUGCUAUAUUUAAGUACCCAGUACAAUUUGUGGUUUGCUGUUUCACUGAAUGUCUAGAUGUAAAAUGGUAUAUCAAAAUAAUGAUAUAAAAUCUUGAUUCCUAUAGAGAGGGUUGUAAUCACUGGAUUAAGAUUAGUGAAAGAUGGAAGAUAUUUAAUGUUCUGUGGAAAUAUCUUAGACCUGAAUUCUAGGCCAUAUCCCUGCCAUUGUUGAUGUCCCAGGCAGAAUACAAAUGAGGUAGACUAUGUAUGCAGAACUGCUGAACAGCUGCUAUUAAGAAGAAGAUUAUUGUAACUGUAAAACGGUAGGAGUGGUUUCAGGUAUUGAUACAUAAUUAAACAACAAUACAAAAUUACAAAGAAAAAUACUGUACAUGAUUUGACAAUUAGCCAAGACAUUAACAAAAAACGUGUUUGGUAAAUGCUCCAAUUGGUCACAAUAUUAAGUACACUUGAACUUGUUGUUCAUUUCAAUCAGUAUUGAUAAGGCUCUAUUAUUUGCGUAGACUUUUUCUACUUUUCACAUGAUAAACAGAAAACAUCUACAACUAUUGAUAGUGUUAAUCAUUAGAACCUUUGAAACGUAUAUCUCAUUCUAUAACCACACUGUUUGUUACAGAAACAUUUCACAAAUGUUUUAAAGCGCUGGAGAAAUACUGCCUUCUAGGCGAUGUCACUGCCAUUGGUGAAGACCCAGGCAGAGUACAAAAUGUAGACUAUCUAGAAAAUGCAGUAGACUAUGUAUGCUGAACAGCAGCUAUUAAGAGGAAUAUUGUAACUGUAAAAAGGUAGGAGUGGCCUAAACAUAAUGUUCUGUGGAAAUGUCUUAGACCUCUAUGAACAUGAAUUUAACUGUUUGUGCUGAUAAUUGAUCUCUUUGUUAAAGUUAAUGAGACAGUGCAUGUCAUUAAUCGGACAUGCCAGUCAAACAUCCUAUACAUCUGCCUCUGACCCAAACAUCACAUUCUGUCUGUGGUUCAUGUUGGCAGUAAUUAAGGCAUUCUGCUUCAUCAAAUAUGGGCAAGGGGAACUGCCCCCUGACAUGUGUAGGAUAGAGGAAAGUGCCAUCAUAGUCAUACAGUAUACUCCCAUGUUUCUGUUUAAAACACUACAUUGUUACUGAAAGAACACUAUUCUGAAUAAGAACUGCAAUCCAACUCCAAGAGCAUAAUUAGUAGAAGAUUUGUCAAGAUUGUUGUGGCAUUCUAUUACCUACUUAUCCUUCUGGAUAAAUGGUUCUCAUUGUUUGAGCCAGUAUGCUCUGACCUUUGAUGGUAAUAAAGUUCAUACAAUUUUAACAAAUCUUUUAUUACCUCGAUCAAUAGUCCAUUACAUUUGUGAGACUGGGUGGAAUACCAGAUCAUUUAACAGUACUUCAUGAAGCCCUUUUUAUAAGCUUGUGCUUGUGUAUCAGUCCAGCAAGAAACAUAGGUUUGUGUCCAUGCAGUGAUGAAAAGUAAUGCCUUACAGCUUCUGGUGUCUGCUGAUUUCAACCUGAUUUAGGGCCUCAGAAAUAAGAUUGUCCAUCCAGUAGAUCAGAGAUGAAUCGUAGUUCAAAGAUGAGCUCUCACAGAUCUAUUUUCUGACGUGUGUGAACUUCUUCACUCUUGCUGUCGACACUGCUUUGUAGGAAAAUACUGUGCUAACCGGUGGUAUUUCAUUGUGUUGCUGUAGCAGUUCACUAGAUUUCACCUACACAAAACUAUAUAUAGAUUGCCAAGAUAGGACAGUUUAUUUUCAGUUUGAAACAGUGAAUGUUCCAUUCCAACAUAUGGAUGUAUUGGAGUAAAUGCCUUUCAACAAACUGGACCACAUUAACUUAACCUCGCUGGAUGUACCAUCACCUGGGAUUUCAUACAGUUCAUUAUCUGUGGCUUGAAGAUAUAUAUAACACACACACACACACAGUACCAGUAAGACGUUUGGACACACUUACUCAUU